UCCGGACAACGCCUGGUUCCUCUCGGGUCCUUCCGGCGUCGCCGGAGUGAAUUGAUCCGGGAGUUGAAGAGGGCUCGAAGGUGGGAAGUGAAGUCAGUGCCUCAGUUGCCGAUCAGUAUAUGUUUUGUGCCCUAUUCUUUUAUCACAAAAAAGAGAAGAAAUACUGCAGUGAAUGAAGAUUCCUCUGCAUUUUAGCACUGCUUUUUCUACUGUAGUUGGCUUUUGAAUGAGGAUGACAAUGGAAGAGAUGAAGAAUGAAGCUGAGACCACUUCCAUGGUUUCUAUGCCCCUCUAUGCAGUCAUGUAUCCUGUGUUUAAUGAGCUAGAACGAGUAAAUCUGUCUGCGGCUCAGACACUGAGAGCAGCUUUCAUUAAGGCUGAAAAAGAAAAUCCAGGACUCACACAAGACAUCAUUAUGAAAAUUUUAGAGAAAAAAAGUGUAGAAGUUAACUUCACAGAAUCCCUUCUUCGAAUGGCAGCUGAUGAUGUAGAAGAGUAUAUGAUUGAGCGACCAGAGCCAGAAUUCCAGGACCUAAACGAAAAGGCACGAGCACUUAAACAAAUUCUCAGUAAGAUCCCAGAUGAGAUCAAUGACAGAGUGAGGUUUCUGCAGACAAUCAAGGAUAUAGCUAGUGCAAUAAAAGAACUUCUUGAUACGGUGAAUAAUGUCUUCAAGAAGUAUCAGUACCAGAACCGCAGGGCACUUGAACACCAAAAGAAAGAAUUUGUAAAGUACUCCAAAAGUUUCAGUGAUACUCUGAAAACCUAUUUUAAAGAUGGCAAGGCAAUAAAUGUGUUCAUGAGUGCCAACCGACUAAUUCAUCAAACCAACUUGAUACUUCAGACCUUCAAAACUGUGGCCUGAAAGUUGUAUAUGUUAAGAGAUGUACUUCUCAGUGGCAGUAUCGUACUGCCUUUAUCUGUAAAUUUUAAAGUUUGACUGUAUAAAUUAUCAGUCCCUCCUGAAGGGAUCUAAUCCAGGAUGUUGAAUGGGAUUAUUGCCAUCUUACACCAUAUUUUUGUAAAAUGUAGCUUAAUCAUAAUCUCACACUGAAGAUUUUGCAUCACUUUUGCUAUUAUCAUUCUUUUAAGAAUUAUAAGCCAAAAGAAUUUACGCCUUAAUGUGUCAUUAUAUAACAUUCCUUAAAAGAAUUGUAAAUAUUGGUGUUUGUUUCUGACAUUUUAACUUGAAAGCGAUAUGCUGCAAGAUAAUGUAUUUAACAAUAUUUGGUGGCAAAUAUUCAAUAAAUAGUUUACAUCUGUUAAA